AUGCCCAAGUAUUGCAAUAGUAAGGGACGAUCGCUUAAGCGAUGGGUGGUAGUUAUUUUUCCUGAAUCAAACGACUACAGUGUGAUACCAGUGAAUUGGCUUGUCCAAUCAAUCGAUUUGGUGGAACUAUCAGACACACUGAUUAACGUUGAUUCAGUUCAGUAUUGUAAAUGGCCACCAUUUAAAGUGACAAAUAUUGAGUUACUUAAUGCCAUUGAUCCAGAUAAAUCUUGGAAGUUAUAUAAGAUCAAAAUCGUUGAUAAUAAAAUUUAUGUUAAUUUUAAACAGGCGUGGUCCAAGCAAGUGGAUAUAGAAACUUCUGCAACUGAAAAUGAAUAUGAAACACCUAUAUCCAAUAAAAAGCGUAAAAUGAGUUCAUCUUCAGAUGACAGUUAUGAAGGUAUAAAUGUAGCUGUUGAACCUGUCGGUCAUAAAAAUGUUGGUGUUCCUUAUGCAACUGAGUCUAUCCGACAUUACACCGAAUUACAGGUAACAAAUGAUACAGCAUCUAUUGAUCAACAACCAUCUCCUGUGUUACAAACUGAAGCUAGUACAUCAUUUUCAAGCUCAGCAGUUAUCAUAAAUGCAUUCAACGAUAAUUUAAACAAGCUAAAAGUUAUUUUACUUUUAAAUUCAACUGCGAUGGCUAAUCAGUACAUUGACACAAAUUUUUUAUCUUUGUUUCCAAUCAACAACAAAGAUGGCUUCCAAUUAAUUGAAAAUAAUAUUAUAAAUGAAUUGGACUUUGUUACAAAGCUGGAAUCAUUUAUCAAAAGUAUUGGUGGUUGUGGAUCAAAAAACAAUAUAACUAGAGUACUACAGAAAUUAUUUACUAACGAAUUUGCUAUAAUAACUACAUGGACUGGUCGUGGGAAAAAUAUAUCUAUUUCCAUAGGCACUUCAGAAAUUGUGAAACUAUUAAGAAGAAUCAUUAAAGCUAAUUCAAAUAAUACUUUAACUGAUUCAGAGUUCGAAAUUGUGGUGGCUAAUUGGCUAAGACAUGCCAAUACUCGUUUGAAUAGAUCAAAAUAA